AUGGGGCGGAGGAGGGGGAGUUGUGGUAUCUGCUGGAUACUUUUGACGAAUUGUUUCUCCGUAUUUUCUUUUAUUAUGAUUUUUCUUUGCUUUUCGUUGACUCCUUUGAUCGCUAUGACUGUUUUUCCGUUCGCCUUGCGCUGUGGGGCGCCCGAGGGAGGGGGGUGGUGGGAGAGGAGUCGUAUGCGAUGAUGGUUGUGAUGGUGGUGGGGGUUCUGUAUUUGGAGGAGGACGAGGGCGGGCGUUGGAGGGGGUAAAGGUACGUGAGAUGGCUAUUUUGGGAAGUGGGAAGUCGCCAGGGUUAGGGUUUUUUUUUUUUUUUUUUUUUUACAAUGCUCACGACGACGGGACGAGAGACGACGAUUACGGCUGGGCUGGGAAAACGGAAAAGUUAUUAUUACGGUGCGGUGCGGGCCCUUUUCAAUCGCAGUGCUACUGCGUAGCCGAUGAGGAGAGGGAGAGGGAGGGGGAGUCUUUUUUUUAGCCUUUUCUUUUCAAGGGAAAAUAUAUGUCUUUGUGUUGUUUUGAGAGGGCGUCAUAUACCGGUAUCGUACCCGAAUUAAUUUAAGCUUUCAACCC